AUGAAGGCGCUGGCCGGAGAGGCGGACGACGGCUUGGUUAAAGCGCUGUGGCUUUCCAAGUUACCGUUCUCGUUGCUGCCCAAGGCUCAAGCCAAAGGUAAGCUCACGCAGCAAGCGCUCACUCUUUCAGCUGCCAAUCAGACCGACAUCCACACCUACGGAGCACGCAAAAUGCUGCUGAAUCUGGGCCUGCAACGCGACUUCGAGUGCGACGUUAUCGUCGCUGAUGUCCCGCACGCCAUCCUCGGUGCGGACUUCCUGGCCAGACACGGGCUACUGCCGGACCUACAGAAAAGACGGCUUAUCGACCGACUCACAGGUCUCUCAGCGCCUGGCCACCUGGCCAUGGCAGGGGUCUUCUCGGUCUCCACCAUCAUUCCAGCCCGAGGAAGCGACUGCCUUUAUGCCCAGCAGUACACGCAGCUGCUCCAGGACUUCAAGGACGUGUUCGAGCCCAGCUCCACGCCUAUCAGGGUGCCGGACCUACCGGUCAGGCACACCAUCACCACCACGGGACCCCCAGUUUCAGAGCGCCCAAGGCGCCUUGCAGGGGAAAAGCUUGCAGCGGCCAAGAGAGCGUUUGCCGAGCUCCUGGAGAGAGGGAUCAUACGACCAUCCAGCAGCUAG